CGCGCAGCAGAGCUGCUCGUGCACGUCAGCUUCUGCUUCAGCUCGCGACUCGCAAGUCCUCCUGUUACCAGCAGUCCCUUUCGUUUACAUGGAGAGGGCAGGUUUAUGACCUGUACUGCAGCCAGCCAACAGAGGGCGCUCAAAAGAGCCUGCAGCUUCACUUUUCAGGACGUGUGAGGCAAACCCGGCACCGAUCAACACAGCAGCCACCAUGAUAGCUGUCACUACUCACAAGAUCAGUAAACACAUCACCUUCCUCACUAAUGACGUCGCUGGGACUCCCACGGCUAGUGUUUCAGCUGCUCACCCUAAACCGAUACUGCUGAUGCUGCCAUGGCUGGGCUCCAGGCCGCAGACCAUUGACAAAUACUGUGAGAUUUACUUUCGCAUGGGCUUUGAUGUGCUCGUAGUGGAAAGUGAGGUGAGCCAGUUCUUGUGGCCCCGCUGGGGGUUGGAGUAUGGUGGUCGUGUGCUGGAAUUAUUAGAGAGCGAGCGCUUCUCACAGCGCCCUCUACUGGUCCAUGCUUUCUCCAUAGGUGCAUACACGUUUGGUCAGAUGCUUGUUCAUGUGGCCAAAGACACCCAGCGUUACCAAGGCCUGACAAACAGGAUCAGGGGGCACAUCUAUGACAGCCUAGUCAUGGGAUCGCUGGAGCAUAUGGUCAACGGCCUGGGUAAAACCCUACUGCCCCGGAUGGAAGGUCUCGUGAAGUCGACUAGCAUUAUGUACUUCCGUGCCUUUAAACACCAGACGGUUGACUACUACGACACAGUUAUCAGUGUUUUCUGGAACACUCCUGUGACGGCACCUGCUCUUUUCUUCUACUCUGAGAACGAUGCACUGUGUGAUUACAAGAGCUUGGAGAAGAUGGUGGAGUUCUGGAGGAGCAGCGGCCAAACUGUCGAGAGCCGGAAGUGGAAGGAGUCUGUUCAUGCAGGUCAUCUGCGCACACACCCUCAGGAUUAUGUCUCCACGCUGGAGUACUUUGUGCAGUCUCUCAACAUGGUGCCUCUGAAGGCAAAAAUGUGAAUUUUGAAGGCCGUCAUCCGUCUCAUUAAAGUGGCUGAUUUUAUUGUAAUAUUGACAUUCUAAUGUUAUUUUGUACUUUGGGUCUUGCAAAAUCUGACUGUUUCUCAAACUUCUUCAGUCUGUUGAAAUAUUUAUGUGACUACAUAAAACUCUUUUCAGCCAAAAAUUCAUACCCAGUUCAAAAGAAGAAUCUAAGCUCCCUUUGAAGACUGUAGCAUUGUUAUGUUGGGGAUGUGUAAUAUUGUACUUCAUACUAUCUGCUGAUAUGAGACCAGUUAGGUUUAUUGCACUACAAUGUGAAGCUCUUGUACUUAGUCCAACAUCUGAUCAGACUUCAAAAGGACUAUCUUGACAUACAAAACUGUGCAUUAUUAUUUUAUCAUUUUUUGCUAAACUGUAAACUGACCUUUCAUUAAUAGUGAUUUAUAGUUUGUGACAACUUGACCUUAACAUUUAACAUCUAUAGUAUGUUAUUUUGAAUAUACUGUGCUUUGAUCAUUUAGGUGUUACCUCAAAAGGAAACAAUUAUUUUUAAAUCUACAAAAAAUGCUUACUUUAAAUUUGUCAAUGACAAAAUCUGAAGUAAAUUACACUGUUUGAAAAUCCUUGUAAAACUGUGCAGUGUUGUUUUUCUAGAAAUGACACAUGGGUGUUUUUUUUCAGGUACCUAUGCAGACAAUAUGGAAAAUACAAGUAAGGUGGGACACUUAGGUUUUUAUGUUACAUGUUUUUAUAAUUUUAUUCUGUAUAAUUUAAUAGAAAUCUUUAGCUCAUACCAAUGUUUAUGGCAAAUUAGCGGUGUCCUGCUUUACAGUACAUCAACGCAAUAAUAAAGGUUUUUACUUUUCUGUUGCUUCAUCUUAAAAAAAGUUAAAUAAAUGAUUCAGAUUGA